AAAGCCAAUCAUUAUUCAAACCAAGUUUUUACAGUUGCGGUUUCGGAUCAUCGAAUUCGCACAGGACGGGAGGAUGGAACCCAGGCCACGCCGAACCUUCCUCCUGCUGCUCUUUGGGAGCCUGAUCGUGACCCAGGUCUGGGCGGGUUCCUCCUCCCUGAGAUAUUUUCACACUGCGGUGUCCCGGCCCGGCGGGCAGCCCCGGUACAUAGCAGUCGGCUACGUGGAUGACACGCAGUUCGUGCGCUUCGACAGCGACUCUGCUGAUCCCAGGAUGGAGCCGCGCGCGCCGUGGAUAGAGAAAGAGGGGUUCAAGUAUUGGGAGGAGCAGACUCAGCGCGCCAAGGACACCGCAAAGAUUUUCCGAGUAAACCUGAGGACCUUGCGCGGCUACUACAACCAGAGUGAUUCUGGUUCUCACACCCUCCAGUGGACCUACGGCUGUGACGUGGGACCCGACGGCCGUUUCCUCCGCGGGCAUGAUCAGUUCGCCUACGACGGCACGGAUUACAUCUCUCUCAACGAGGACCUGCGCUCCUGGACCGCGGCGAACACAGCGGCUCUGAUCUCCAAGCACAAAUCUGAGGCAGCCCGUGAGGCUGAGUACCAAAGAGUCUACCUACAGGGGGAGUGCGUGGAGUGGCUUCGCAGAUACCUGGAGAGCGGGAAGGAGACCCUGCGGCGAGUAGAACCCCCAAAGACACACAUGACCCAACAUCCCACCUCAGACCAGGAGAGCACCUUGAGGUGCUGGGCGUUGGGCUUCCACCCUGCUGAGAUCACCCUGAUGUGGCAGCGGGAUGGGGAGGACCAGACCCAGGACAUGGAGCUUGUGGAGACCAGGCCUGCAGGGGAUGGAACCUUCCAGAAGUGGGCAGCUGUGGUGGUGCCUGCUGGAGAAGAACAGAGAUACACGUGCCAUGUGCAUCAUGAGGGGCUGCCUGAGCCCCUCACCCUGAGAUGGGAGCCACCCCCUCAGCCCACCAUCCCCAUGGUGGGAAUUAUUGCUGGAAUCUUUGCUGGAAUACUUGCUGUCACUGGAGCUGUGUUCGCUUUUGUCUUGUGGAAGAAGAAAAACACAGGAUGCUUUCUUCCCACAGGUGUAAAAAAAGGGACCUACGCACUGCCUGUAAUGACAGUGCCCAGGGCUCUGAUGUGUCUCUGACUGCUUAAAAAGUUGAGACAGCAGCCUUCUGUGGGACUGAGCAUCGCAGAAAUGAUUCAGUUCUCUUCCUGCUCCCCACUGUGACUUCAAGAGAUCCCGACUUCUCUGUGCAGCUGGCAUCUAACUGUGUAUGUGCCUGUGUUCCUGUCAUCAUCAUGUGAGGAAAUGGAGAGAGGAGCACAUCCCUGAUCACCAAGACCCCUCCCCACACUGUCUGUUCUCUUCCUCAAUCAGCUUUCCUCAGUUGCAGAUGUGAGGCUGGAUGUCUUCAGUCCUGAUUUAGCUUUAUGUUGCCCUGGACUGUAGCUUCUUUCUUCCGUAUUGAAAAACAGAAUCUGGAUAUUGAUUUGUAUUUCAAAUCGGUGCCAUAAAGUGUGGUUGAUGGUUAAUUAAAUGACAAGAGAAUUUCUAAAAUUUCUGGGAGAAAAUAAACCUGAAACCUUCCAGGC